AUGGCCGACCACACCAAAAUCCAUAAUGUCAAGCGAGAGCUAUUAGAUCCCGACCCCAUGUUCCGGCGCAAUUCCGACCGGAGAAACUCCGUCCCCGCUGCAUUAAUCGAACUGUCGAGCUCUGACUCUGUCUCAUCAUCUUCCGACGAUGAUGGUGGGAGUAGUAAUGCAAAGAAGAGCAAGGAGACUGCGGAAGACUAUAUGUUGCCUGUGGGUUUCUUGGAUCCCUUUCCGUCUCUGCCGCUGCUGCUGCCGCCACCGCCACCUCGGGACGAGCGGUCGCGUUUGGAGUGUCCGUCUGCUAGAGCGCGAGCGAUUCCGGAUCCGAGUUCGAAGCAGUUCUGGAAGGCUGGCGACUAUGAGGGGACGCUUCCUGGGGAUUGGAAUAAUUCUAAUGGUGGGAUGGAUCAUGUUAGAGUACACCCUAAGUUCUUACAUUCUAAUGCUACAAGUCAUAAGUGGGUCCUUGGAGCUUUUGCAGAGCUGCUGGAUAAUUCCUUGGAUGAGGUCUGCAAUGGAGCAACAUAUGUGAACAUUGAUAUGGUCAAAAGCAAGAAAGAUGGGAGCAAAAUGUUGCUUAUUGAAGAUAAUGGUGGUGGAAUGGAUCCGGAAAAAAUUCGUCACUGCAUGUCUCUUGGGUAUUCUGAAAAGAGCAAACAGGUGGAUACGAUUGGACAAUACGGAAAUGGGUUUAAGACGAGCACCAUGAGGCUUGGUGCUGAUGUUAUUGUUUUUUCUCGAUGUUCUGGAGUGAAUGGACAAAGACCAACACAGAGCAUUGGUCUGCUUUCGUAUACAUUCUUGAAAGACACGGGAAAACAGGACAUUGUAGUCCCCAUGCUUGAUUAUGAAAGAAAAAGACAAGACUGGAACAAGAUCAUUCGAUCUUCAGGGUUCGACUGGGAUAGAAAUGUUGAGACGAUAAUUCAGUGGUCUCCAUUUUCAAGUGAAGCAGAUCUUCUUCGGCAGUUUAAUCGGAUGCAAGAUCAGGGUACUCAAAUAAUUAUAUACAAUCUUUGGGAGGACGAUCAGGGCCUGCUGGAACUGGAUUUUGAUACUGAUCUACAUGAUAUCCAAAUCAGAGGUGUCAACAGAGAUGAGAAGAGCAUAGAUAUGGCAAAGAAAUAUCCCAACUCCAAGCACUUCCUGACCUAUCACCAUUCAUUGAGGAGUUAUGCAGCUAUUUUGUACCUUAGGGUUCCUCCUCAUUUCCGGAUUAUUCUGCGUGGUGAAGAUGUUGAGCAUCAUAAUGUUGUGAAUGAUAUGAUGAUGUCGCAGGAAGUUACAUACCGUCCUCAACCUGGGGCUGAUGGGAUCCCAACGGACUCAAAUAUGAUGGCUGUAGUUACCGUUGGGUUCGUAAAGGAUGCAGAGGCACAUAUUAAUGUUCAGGGGUUCAACGUCUAUCACAAAAACAGGCUUAUCAAGCCAUUUUGGAGAGUUUGGACACCCCCUGGUAGUGAGGGUCGUGGGGUUAUAGGUGUGCUUGAGGCCAACUUUGUUGAACCAGCACAUGAUAAGCAAGGUUUUGAGCGCACUACAGUUCUUGCGAGACUAGAGACAAAAUUAGUGCAAAUGCAAAAGAAUUAUUGGACCUCUAACUGUCACAAAAUUGGCUACGCUCCUCGACGAAAUAAAAAUGUUCAUCAAAGAGAGAUAUCAACUGAUUCUGAUCAUCGAAGUCCACGAAAGAAGAAAAAUAUCGGUUUGAGGAACAAGUCACAAGCCAACUUCAUGGAGAAGGGCAAUAACAACGAGUAUUCAAGUGGGAAGGGGGAUGUCAGAUCACGUCGGAAGCAACCAAGUUACACUGAGCUAUCCUCAUCUUCUGAAGAGGAUGAAGGCAAUAAAUAUAGGCAAAACCGAACUCCUAGAAGCCAGGUCAAUGGUUCAUCGUCCAAGGAUACAUAUGAAAAGGAUGGAUUGCGGAAACCAUCAGGCUUGAGCAGUCGUGAAGCUGCAAAAGAUAACUUAGCUGCUGAAACGCUUGGUAAGACAACGAGAAGUUCACACCCACAGGAGAAUGGUUAUAAUAACAAUGAAUUCUCACCAAGUUCUAGUUCCCAAUCAUUAGCUCAGUUGAGAGAAGAAAACCUCAAAUUGAAAGAAAGAUUGAAAUGGCAAGAAGACGAGACUCUUGGUGAUUUGCUGCAUGAUAUACUGAAAGAAAAAGAAAGAAUCAAGUCUCUCGAAGCUCAGCUGCAAGAAACAACACAAAAAUAUGAGGAACUAAAAGCAGAGCAGGAGAGUUUGAUAGAUAUAUUUUCGGAAGAGAAGCAGCGUCGCGACAAGGAGGAACAGAAAUUGAGAUUAGAUUUAAAGGAAGCCAGAAAUACCAUUCAGCAAUUGAUGGACAGGAUAAAGUUGUUGGAUAACAGUAAAUAUGGUUAA